CGUGUCCGCGAGCUCGCCCAUUGUUUGAGCGUGAGCGUCUCGUGGACAAAAGGCUUGUGAGGAGACGAGCGCUGAUUGGCUGGUUUGGCGGGGAGCAGGCGCGAGCUCCGCGGCCACAACAGAUGGACCAGUUCGGGUCGGAGGACCAACACCCCGACGACAGACCGAACCACCGAACCGGGUGGGCCAACCGACAAACGCGAGCUAAAUCCAAUUUACACCUCCAUUGGCGGGGGAGGGAACCGAAGACACUCCUUCGGUGUCCCCGAAGAGAAACCAUUGAAGCUUCUGACAACGUCGUCGUAUUUUGCACCUCUCAUGCUGUCUGACCAUGGAUGACAUACACAACGGGGUUCAGAUUGGAGAGAACAAGUUCAUCAGCAAGGCAACUAUCCUCUCACAUCUUAAGACAUACAACCUUUACUAUGAAGGACAGAACCUACAGCUCAGGCACAGAGAGGAAGAGGGGGAGCUGAUCGUUGAAGGCCUGUUGAACAUCUUUUGGGGCCUGCGUCGUCCAAUCAGGCUUCAGAUGCAGGACGACCACGAGCGGAUCCGACCGCCUCCCUCCUCCACAUCCUGGCACUCUGGUUGCAUUCUGGACAGUCAAGGCUCCCCGAACAGCACAGAAGGUCAACAGACGCCACACAUGACUCCACCUACUAUGGAGGUCACGCCUCCUAACAACCAGUCAGAGAACAACGGUGUGAUGGAGGAACACACAGAAGAAGACAGUGAGAACGCCGCUCAGCUCCUUCGAACCAAAAGUGAUGCCGGGGUUCUAAGGCGGGCCCACCGGCGCUCCCCAAGCGACCAGAGGAAGAUCCGACGCCAUCGCUUCUCCAUCAACGGACACUUCUACAACCAUAAGACAGCCGUGUUCACUCCCGCUUACGGCUCCGUGACCAACGUACGCAUCAACAGUUGCAUGACGACUCCUCAGGUGCUACGAGUUCUUCUCAACAAGUUUAAGAUUGAAAACAGCCCCGAUGACUUUGCACUUUACCUCGUCCAUGCUAGUGGAGAGCGUGCAAAGCUGAAGCGCAGCGACUUCCCACUGGUGUUGAGAAUAAUGCAGGGUCCAUGUGAGCAAGUGUGCAAGCUGUUCCUCAUGGAGGAGGACCUGGGAGAAGAAGUCACCUAUGACGUGGCGCAGUAUAUCAAGUUUGAGAUGCCAGUCUUGCAGAGUUUUAUUACCAAGCUGAAGGAAGAGGAGGACAGAGAGGUGCAGAAACUAAGGAGAAGGUACAACAUCCUGCGCUGCAUCAUAGAGAAGCAGCUGGGCUGUCUGCCAGAGGGGGCCACGUGUAUGUGAACUAGCAGGUACCAUCAUCGUGAACAUUCUCGUUGAAUGUUACAUUGUGUGUGGACAAUUUACAACACAGUGUGACAGCGGUUGUCUCAUGCUAACUAUUCAUUUCAAGCACAAGCAUUCCGGCAUAUGCUUUGAGUCAAGUGCCUGCUAAAAACCCUCCAAGCACAAACAAGCAAGCAAUGAUCACAUUAAGUCUAUAUGAAAAUCAUAGAUGAUGAGCACAAAGGUGGGGGCGCCUCCAUUGUCUCCCACCUUGCACUGGGUGCCUUCCUGUUCCAUUUGUAACCAAAUGGACUCAAUUGGUUCUGCAGCAGACCUAUUCAACUGCUGGCCCGUGGGCCAAAUACAGCCCUUCAGUGACACCAGACCGGCCCGCAUGUUCAGUUCAAGACUCGGGAGAGUCAACAGAUUCCUAAAAACAGCAGAAAACUCCUGAAAUACUGGGACGACCUGUGACAAGGUGUUUUGCAAUAGAUCUUUAAAAACAGCAGUGUCCUUCAUAUGGAGGGUCUUUGACUAGUGUUUAAGCAGCAGGUUCCUUAAAGCAGAAGGGGAUUCCUGUCCUAUACAAGCUCUUGGACUAGCAUUUUUGCAGUAGAUUCCUAAAAACAGCAGAGCCCUCUUGUUAUAUAAAGGAUCUUUGACAUAACAUUAUUACAGCAAUUUCUUAACGACAGCAGAGCGCUCCUGUUAUAAAGAAUGGUGUUUACUGCAGAGUCCUUAAAAUGGCUCAAUCAGACAUGUGGCAGAAUGAUCGUUCCUCAACUUAUAAGCCGUAGGUUUGAUCCCCAGCUCCUUUUAUUUUCCCCUCCGUGGCAUCAUACAACUACAUCAUCAAUCAGGUCAAAAGGUGCUACAUGAGCGAAGGAACCAGCAGCCAAGGAUGGCAUGAACCCUAUGAAAGGAUAUUGGUGUCAUGUUGACAUUUCAAAAGCACAUUCAUUUGGAAUGUUGUGUUAAGCCUGGUACAAACAGCACACACGACGACGCACAGGAGACAGUGACUUGCACGCAGCUUACACACUCACACAUUUUGAGUGAAAGUAGGUCAGCGUGAGUGUAACGCAUGUGUCAUGUUUGUGUGCGCCUGCUGUUAAGUGAAUAAUAUUUGCUGACUGAGACACAUUUAAGCUGCUUCAAGGUGCUGUCCUGCACGCCAACGACACUCUCAUCAAGACGACGUCUUUCAGUCAUCUUGUUUCUUUUCUUGGUACCAGUACGUGCAUGUUUUUCCUUUGACACUCGCCUGCUUUUGUAUGACUUCUUACUGAAAACUAUUUUAGUCCUUGACAUGUGAACACCUCAUGAUAAUAUGAAAAUGUAUUGAACAAUGAUUGUAAUUUAAUUAAAAAAAAGACACUUGAGGAAAAUGUUGUGUAAUGUUGCCAAUAUCCCAUUAGUCAUGCUCAGGACAAGAUGUGUUAUUCCCUCACUGGACAAUUAAGAGUAUUAAGUCAACACUGGCAGCACACACACACACACACACACACACACACAGACAGACAGGUAUUUAAGUAUUACUGUCAGUGCGAGAGCAGAUUACUGUUCACUCAGCCAAUGGCCACGCGGGAAACUGUGAUCCCCUGGAUGUGACUGUCUGAAGGGUAACGGGCCGACCCUCAAACAUACAUCACAUUUAUACGGGACAUUAGGGUUCGAACUGCUCUCACACAAACAAUUCUGGAGAAGAGGGGGGAAAAAAAGCAAAAAGAGCAUCAUCACUUGAGGAUCUUGGAUUUCUUCCCAAACAAGCUGUUCAAGAAAAGAAUGGGCCCUAUUAGUGGUGUGGAACUGUUCUUGAAUGCAGCCUUCAAUGAAAGACAUUAGAGCUAAUGAAAGUGAUCUGAUCCCCCAACGUGCGCCAGCUGGAAACAUCAGCUUUACAGAUGCCAUGUCUUCUCUGCAGGAAGUGUGUGUAAGAAUCUUUACAGUCACACUGUUCAGUUACAGUACAAGGAGUUAGUCACCUCAUGGCAACACCUGUUACCUUUUUCCUGAGGGACAAAAGAUGGCGUCUAUUGGAGGGAAUAAGGGUAUUUGAGGGAAUGAGGUAAUCAUGUCCAGACUGCUGACAUUGGUCCUGUGCGUGCUGCUGCUAGCCACACUGACACCCACCUCAGAGGCCAGACGUGGUCGUGGUGGAGGGUUCAGAGGGGGCUGGGGUGGAGGCGGCGGAAGCAGGCCGGCCUACAGACCGCCCCCUCCCAGGAGCAGCGGCCCCAGUGCGGGUAAAGUAGCUGGAGCGGCGGCAGCGGGGGCCAUUGGAGGAGCCAUGCUGGGGUCUGCUCUGAGCCGCCCAGGGUAUGGCUAUGGUGGAGGAUACGGAGGUUAUGGAGGAUAUGGAGGAUAUGGGGGCUAUGGCGGGUUUGGAGGGGGUUACGGCUACCCGAGACAUGGUGGAGUGUACGGCUCCAGAUCUGCGUAUGAGGCAGAGGGCUCUGGAGAUAUGGAGUACUACACUGGAGCCUCAAGUGGACCCAUCUACAACAGCAUCAUCGUUGUUAUCGGCUCCCUGCUCACUCUGCUGCUUGGCCACUGGGGGGCAGUCAUGUAAAGCUGCAGGCUGAGAACAAUCCAGUUGAUGGCUAUUUAUGCUCUGGACGGAACUGCGCCUCCGUGUGGACACAAACUUCACCUACGAGAUUGACAUUGCAGUAGAUCCUAGAAUAUAAAUUGCAAUCUAUGCUUCAUUGUGGCCAUUCGCUUUUUGUCUUCAAUCUACCAAUACUACUACUACUACUACUAAUAAUAAUAAUAGUAAUAGCUGUGUUAUAUAAUUAUACAUACUGUAAUGUAAUACAAUAAAAUGCAUUUUCUUCAUAUCUUAAUUCUAACAAUAAUACAGUAUAUAUCAAAAUGGGAACAUAAAUAAAUAUAAAAGUAAAUAAAAAUAGUAUACAUAUUUGAACAUUAUUAUGUUGAUAUAACGGUAGAAAAAAACUUAUAAAUAAAGUGGGUUGUUUUUUUUUUACUAAAUAUAUCUAUAGUAGUGAUAAUAGUCAAGUUACAAAACAUUGCGUUUGUUCAGCCAAUCAGUACAAUGCUUGUUUUGAAAAAAAAAGUGUCAUAUAAUAAAAAUGUGCAUUACUAUAUUGGGGAUAUUCUUUAAGUAAAAAUUAAAUAACGAUAAA